AUCACAGGGCCACGGCUGAAGAGCGACCUACUACGACUACAGCUACAAGGCAUCAUCAGUGUAGCAGUUGCUAGCACACACGAUCUGUGAGAGAUGGCUCGUACCAAGUCUACAGCUCGUAACUCGACCGGAGGAAAGGCGCCAAGGAAGCAACUCGUUAAAAAGAUAUUCAUUGCUGCUCGCAAGAGAGUGCCAGCAACCGGAGGAGUGAAGAAGCCUCGCCGCUACCGCCCCGGAACUGUCGCCCUUCGUGAAAUUCGCAAGUAUCAGAAGGGCACCGAGCUGCUCAUUAGGAAGAUGCCCUUCCAGAGGCUCGUCAGGGAGAUUUCCCAGCUUCACAAGAGUGACCUUCGUUUCCAAAGCCAUGCGAUCCUUGCUCUGCAGGAGGCAGCAGAAGCCUAUCUCGUGGCUCUCUUCGAGGACACCAACCUGUGUGCCAUCCAUGCCAAGCGGGUCACCAUCAUGCCCAAAGAUGUUCAUCUGGCUACCAGGAUCCGUGGCGAGAGGCACUAAUAAUCGUAUUGCAUGCGUCGUCAAUGGAGCUACCGACAACCUGCUACUUAGUAUAUUUGUGGCCUUAUAUUUUGUCGAGAAGCGUUAGCUUAAGUUUGUGUCAAACAUUCUAUAUAAUGUCGAAUAACUAGCUAGUUAUUAUUGCAUGGUAGCCUCCUAGGUUUUCAUUUGCUGGUGUAAGAUAUUAAGCUUUAUUCAGUUUCCUUUUA